AUGGGCAACACGACGUCGAAGGCCCGGGUCAAUACUCGGCCCGGCGAGGUGGCGUGCAAGUCCAAGGCGUGUGCCAUCCAGACCUGCCUGGCCGAGAAGGACUACGAUCAGGAGGCGUGUACCGAUGUCAUCGAUGCCUACUUUGCAUGCAUGGCCAAGCAUGGUGACAAGGCCAAGAAGAAUGUGCCUGCGUGA